GAAUACGUAUGAGUUAGACAUGAUAAAACGUUACAUUGUUCUAAGACAAUGUAUUUUACAGUGGGGUUAUUUACAAGUUAUAGUUGUAAUCAGCCAUAUCAUUCUAGUGUCGAAUUAUUCAUACCUUGUCGGGCAUUCAAAUGAUAAAACUUGUGAAGUUUAUUUAAAGGGAAACAAAGGAUUUACGUUUGACUUUUAUAUUACUAGAUAAUGCAUUUUGCACAUAGUAAAUUUUCUUUAGACACUGUAAACGACUUUCAUAUUUGGUAUUCCUUGGCGAACGAACGAAACCUCCACGGGGCCUGUUUAUUCAAUAAUCAAACCCACCUUCAGACGACCUCAUAUAGCAUUUUAUCAAAUAUGCAAAUUAGAUCAAAGUGAUUAACAGAAUAUAUCUUUGCUAUAGAGCCCUGUGGAAGAAAUACACAGUGCUUUAAAUCGUCUUUCACGACUGCCAGCAUUGGAGAUUUGCUGCUAAUACGACAACUGCAGGAAAGGAUUUAUACCAAUCUAAGCUAUUAAUUAACACAACAAUGGAUUAAGGUGCAGCGAGAAGGCAAUGAAAAAUUAGUGAAGGAUUUUUUGAAAAAUCAAAGGAUUUUUAUAGCCUUUUAGAAGAAAAUUUCUAGCAUGGCUGCUGAAGUUGCCAAUGCUCCGAUAAAGACGGAUAUGGAAAUUCCGGAACAGAUUCCUCCGGGAAAUUGGAUGGCUCGACAGUUACGGAUGUUGAAUGACAACAGCGAAGGGUUGCUACCUCCCUCCGCCGGUUCCAAACGUACAUGGGAUAAAUACAACACUGUCACUCACAAAGACUAUUUGGGACCAAGAGAAUUCAAGUUGGAGGAACCUGACUAUGAGGUGGAGCCCUUCCAGAGAAAGAGGGAAACGGUGGCCGACAUCAUGCUGGCCCCAAACAAUCGCCAGACAUUCAACAACUGGCAAAUGCCCUCUCGUUUUACCGGCACUGAUGACAACGUCGAACACUAUGAUCCGCCUCUUCACCUAAAAUCUGAAGCACCAGUGGGAGGAUUAGAGACAGUAGAGGAAGAAAUCCAUGCCUUGAACAUUUCCCCCACCCCUAAAGCUCCGUCCCCUAUCAAACGAUCAUUGACCAGUUUACAAAAACCUCAGAAAAUCAGUAGAGAAAAUUCACUACCAGAGCUUAGGUUAAGAUCAUGCAGUCCCAGGAAAGAGCCAAACGGGGGAUUCAAAUCACCAACCAAACUUGGAGAUGUUACAAGAUCAAGUCCCGCCAUGCUGAGGAGCAAGACUGACAUGCAUUAUCAGGUACCAAUGGUGGACCGUAGCCUUAACAAUUUUGGGGGGCUCACUGCUCGGGAAGAUAACGCCUUACGUGAGGAAUUUAGACAAUCUCUUCAUCCCCAUGUUUUGGAUAAAGCGGAGCAGUGGAUGAAAUUAGCUCCAAAUGCGGACAGAAAGGUUAUUGAGAAGGUGUUGCGUAUGGCAGAGAAGAAGCAGAAAUUAGGGGGAACUCUUAGUAAAAGUUUACAGCCAGACGCUAAGGAUGCUGUCGAUAAAUGGCUUUUGGGUGCCAACGAAGCAGAGCGUCAUGUGGCUCUUAGAUUUUUCAAUUCACUUGCUGGUGAAAAAUUGAUGGGAAAGACCAUAGGGGAGCAGAAAAAACGCUUGGAACAGGUCCUCAAUGCAUUAGAAAGUGGGAAAGGAAAUGGACCAUACGCCGAUACUAGUAAGAUAACCAUAAAGGGACGAACUGCGGGGCAGAAACAUUCACGUUUUAACCACCUUCGCCUACUGUCCCCUGGCACACGAAAAGACCGCUGGAUGCACACCACGUGGCACCACCUACCGGAGUACAAGAACGACGACCCUGUGCAGAACUGGAGUUCUCACUACAUUCGUCCUCAUGCUGUUAUACCACGCCAUUUUGUCAUCCAUCCUGACUGGGGCUAAGAUACUGCACAACUUCAGCAGUGUAUCACUGUUUUCCCCUCUAUACUGUUUUGAACAGUCUGUGAUAUUUUUAUAAUUAAGUUUUUGUAACAAUCUUGUACCUUUUUGUACUCUUACUGUUGUGAUAUUAAAUUAGUACAAUAUCA